AUGCCCGUUGCUGAACCCGUGGGAAUCUCCAACUUAGCCGAUCAAAGGUACAAAAUCGUGUCGAACCAGGGCGCCACGUUCACCCUCAUGGUGGCGGGUGAGUCUGGUUUGGGCAAAACAACGUUCGUCAAUACCCUUUUCCAGACAGCAUUGAAGGACCACGAGGACCCAAACGAGAGACAUAAUAAGUUCACCAGCUCGCACCAGACGGUGGACAUCAACAUUGUGAGGGCCAUUUUGGAGGAGAAAAACUUCAAGAUUCGCUUGAACGUCAUCGAUACCCCUGGUUUUGGCAACAACGUCAACAACUUGGACUCGUGGACUCCAAUCAUCGAUUUCAUUGACGACCAACACGAAGCGUACGUGAAGCAGGAGAAACAGCCCUAUCGUAAGGAGAAAAAGGAUUUGAGGGUUCACGCGUGUUUGUACUUCAUUCGUCCCACCGGUCACUCUUUGAAACCUUUGGACAUUGAGAUUAUGAAGCGCUUGUCGACGCGAGUGAACUUAAUCCCCGUGAUUGCCAAAGCUGACACUUUGUCUCCUUCGGAAUUGGAGCAGUUCAAGAUCAGGAUAAGGGACGUGAUCGAAGCCCAGGACAUUAACAUAUACACUCCGCCAAUGGACGUUGACGACCCAGCUAGUGCAGAGCACUCGAAGCAGCUCAUUGAGGCCAUGCCGUUUGCUGUGAUUGGCUCGGAAGAAGAGGUGGAAGUGAGCCCUGGCAACUUCGUUAGAGGCAGAAAGUACCCAUCGGGUGUAGUCGAAGUGGAGAACGAUAGACACUGCGACUUCAAGAAGUUGCGCUCCUUAUUGUUAAGAACGAACAUGUUGGACUUGAUCUUGUCCACGCAAGAGAUCCACUUUGAGACCUUCCGCUCGUUGAAGUUGAGUAAUUUGAACGAAGAAGGCGGUUCUGGCGAGAAUGGUAGUGCCUCCAUUAAGAAGCCUCGUCGUUUGCACAACCCCAAGUUUAAGGAAGAGGAGGAUGCAUUGAAGAAGUUCUUCACAGAACAAGUGAAGGCCGAGGAACAAAGAUUCAGACAAUGGGAGACCAACAUCGUCACCGAGAGAAACAGAUUAAACCAGGAUUUGGAGGAGAUGCAAGCAAAGUUGAAGGGUUUGGAGGAGCAAGUGAAGAAGUUGCAAUUACUGAAAAAGUAG